AUGACGUCACCAGCAAUGAGCCGCUGUGCCCCCACCCGCCACCUCCACAACGUCACCUUCCUGGUCAUCUGUUGUAGCGCCAUGACGUCAUUUCUCCUUCUCCUCCACGUCACACAGACCGGAAGUCCCAGGCACACAGACCUGCUCAGUGACGCGACCUACGAUGACGACACCCGAGGUUUGAACCAACACGCUGGAGCAACAAGGCCGCGCCGUGAGAGAACUCCGACCUCGGGGGUCAUGCCGGACAUUUCAGAGGUCACGACCCUUCACCCUUCACUCCGUGAGUUCCUCGCGAGGCCCGUGAUCAACCCUCACCCAUUCACCUACCUGCUCACCCCAGAGCGCACGUGCGAGGCGGGUCACGUGACCUUUCUCUUCAGCGUGCCGUCCGCGCCCUCCAACUUCCAGCGGAGACGAAAAGUACGGCGAUCCAGUCUGGCCACAUUUGCGAAAAACCCUGGAAACAACGCGUCCUUGUUGUUCUUCCUGGGCUCCCCGCCCGGUCACUCUAAGCGAGCCAACAACACCAGGGCUCAGAUCUACAAAGAGGCCAGGAACUACCAGGACAUGGUUCUGGAAAACUUCCCAGAUAUCUACAGAAACAUCCGCCUCAAGGCUGUAUCCAUGCUCAAGUGGACGAGCACGUAUUGCCACACCGCGCUCUACGUCAUCAGAACGGACGAUGACGUGGGCGUUGACGUCAUGAACCUGGUGCAGGCAAUACGUCACGUGGGGCGGGGGAGGGACAACUUCAUCUUAGGUCACGUGGUGGAGAAUUCCAAACUCAUCCGGCGGGAGAGUUCCAAAUAUUUCAUAUCCCGAGAAGAGUACGCGGAAGAUACGUGGCCAAAGUUUGCCCUAGGCGGGGUGUUGGGCUACCCCGUCAAGACGGUGAGACUUUUGUACGAGGCUUCACUCAGGGUCAAGGCCGUGUGGCUGGAGGACGUGUACAUUACGGCUCUGUGUGGGCGGGCGGUCAAUGCCACGCUCCUGUCUCAUCCUCUCUUCACCUUUGUGCACUGA